AUGUUGUCGACUAGGGAGCUCGCGUUCGUCGAGAUUCAAGUAACUUAUCGCGUCUCUCCUUUAGACGUGGCGGGCAUACUUUGUCACCGCCUUAAAGAUGGGCACGAGCAGCUCCUUAUCCGGUGGCGGACUUUACCCGCUUCGCAAACGCCUUCACAAGCUAUAUGCUCCUGGCAUGACCUCUACGAACUUACGUCAUGCAUGCACCUGAUUCAAAAGUACCUUGAAAACAGGCAAUCUUCUUCAAAACCGACACUGAAGCGGAAGCGGCCUUCACCUGAGGAUGGCCUGAGAAAGUCACGUGACUCUAAGUUUGGCAACGGACACCCAACUUCUGUGAACGGCCGGUCCGAUUCAACGAACAGUCGACGCUCGUCUUCAGAUGCUGCUUCGGAGAAGAUUGAGACGCCAGGUGUCUAUAAUGGAGUUCUCGAGAGGAGGGAAGGGCGGGUCGUGGCGACGCAGUCUAAGCAUAUGGGUGUUGUGAAAGUCGACGCAACAAGCCUCCCUACGCCAGAGAUGGUGGAGCAGGCACGCAUCAGCUCAACCGCACAAGCCGAACGCUACAUCCGCCUUACAUUCGAGCGGAAGCUCAAGAAGCUGAGAUGGCUGCGGCUGGAGAACAAGGUAGACAGCUCCGCGCCAUCUCUGGACUUCAGCUUCAUCACCGACUACGUGACCGGGAAGGAUGUCUACCGAGCAGACCCUGGAUCGUACGAAGGAUGCACGGAACCUUGCAAGUCGAACAUGGGAUCUCACAUCGGGUGCGAGUGGCCACGGGAGUGCAAGUGCCUGGAGUACGCGGCAGUGAAUGAGGAUUUGCUGCGUAGAGAAGAUCCACAGCUGUUUCAGGAGUACCAGCAGGCGAAGCAGAAUGGGGACUACAUCGACAUCACGAAUCUACCGAAGCGCUUCCCAUACCAUGUCUCAAAGGUCGAAGGCAAGCCGCAGACACUGGUGCCCUUCUAUCGCGAAGAGCGCUACCCUAUCUACGAGUGCAACGUCAACUGCCGAUGCGGACCAGUCUGCAAGAGUAGAGUCGUUCAAAAAGGUCGCCGCGUCCCGCUCACCAUCUUCCAGACCGCCAACCGUGGCUGGGGCGUCUACUGCGACGAAGACCUGAUCCAGGGCGAGUUCAUCGACACCUACCUCGGCGAAAUCAUCACCAACCAGGAAGCCGACCGCCGCGAGCAAGCCGGCCCAAAGGAAAAGCAGAGUUACCUCUACAGCCUGGACAAAUUCGUCGACAACGUCGAGGACCUGACCCACGAGAACUGCUACGUGGUGGAUGGGCAGUACAUAGGCGGUCCCACACGCUUUAUCAAUCAUUGCUGCGAGCCGAACUGUCGUCAGUACACGGUCAGCUACGACAAGAACAAUCCGCGGAUCUACGAUAUCGCCUUCUUUGCUGUGCAUAACAUUCCAGCGGGAACGGAGUUGACGUUUGAUUACCAGGAUAAGGAUGAGGUGGAGGAGGAUGUGGCUGUGAGGCAGCGUGAGGCGGCGCGGAGGGAUCCGGCGAAUGCUGGGAAGCAGCCUUGCAACUGCGGUGCGAGGAAGUGUCGUGGGUUCUUGUGGGAGUGA